AUGAUAGUAGAAUAAAAGAAUAUUUUAGAUUGGCUUGUAUUCUAGGCUUUAGAUCCCUCUCAUAUUACUAAUUGUCCAACAGGUACCAUUUUCGGAGGACCAUCAAUCUUUGGAUACUCGACUGCCAUAACAAAAACAUUUAUCCUUCCACCUCAUAAUAAAAUUGCGUUUGAGUUUAAAUUUUGGGGGUUUGUUUUUAUUUAUAUUAAACUAGAUUAGGGCCUUGGACUGGAUCACCUUACAUUUUUAAUGUUGAUGAGCUUGAAGCACAUUCAGGUAAUCCAACAAUAUCACCAGGAACUGAUAUUUGUGGAAGUGGCCAAUAUGGAGAAAUUUACUUUAUUAGUAAAUAGAUUGGGCAUAAUAGUAAUUCUGCUAUAAUUACACUUUAAUCUUUCUAAUUAUCAGCAUUUUGGGGAAUUUCAGAUUUUAAAUUAUCAGUUUUUUAGUGUCCAAAUCAUUGUGAUUCUUGCGAUUCAAACGGGGCCUGUCUUAAUUGGAAUCGAGUGCUGAGAUAUUUUACAACUGUUUAAUUAACUGACGGUGAGGGUUGGAAGCGAGACGAUACUACAUAUAAUACUGUUGAAACAUGCGGAAGUAAUGUUAUGGAUAUUGAUUAGGUUUUUAAUAUUAUGGAAAGUUUAUUACUAACUAAGAGGCUUCCGUAGAUUUAAUGUUGAGUUCCCCUCAUACUAAGGUGAGAAUGUAAUUUAAAUUAUUUUCUGUUUACAUUAGUGGAGGCAUAUCUUUAAAUAUAUAUGGAAAUACACAAUGGUUAAGUAGUUAAAUUUCUUUCAAUAUUAUUACUUAAAAUGCAAUAUGUGCUUCUUAUUUUAAGUUAGGGACAAUUACAAUACCUGAGUUUUUAAGCAACGAUUAGACUUUGAAUCUAAGGAUUGUAAUUAUAUCAUUUACAACUGAAUCAACUUCUACUCCUUAUUAUGGUAUUAGGGAUUUUGAAGUAUUUACUGAUGCAGAAAAGGAGAUCAUUUUAGACAGCAGUGUUAUUUGUGAUGAUAAAAAUAUUGAAGUAUUUGAUGGUUGCUUUUCAUAAUAAUAUUAAUGUGUAGAAGGAUGCAGUAAUUGCUAUAGAGGUUAAUGUUUAAAUUGUGACUCGCUUUGGAUAUUUGAUGCUAUAUCUCAAUAAUGUCUGCCUCUAUGUGGAGAUAAAUUAAUAGUAUUAUAAGAAGCAUGUGACGAUGGAAAUCUACAACCUAAUGACGGAUGUUAUGAAUGUUAAUUUUCUUGUCCAUUGAACUGUAGAAUUUGCGAAUUUGGUUAAUGUAUAUUGUGCAAUUAUUUGUAUAAAUUACUGGAUAAUUCAUGUGUCUUAAUUUGUAACUUAGAAGAUGAUCAAAAGUUAAUUGAAUUUGAAACUUAGUAUGAAUCAGGAUAAUUUUGUCAUUUAUCUAAUUUCUUGAUUAAUCUUUAUCAGGAACACUUAAACAUCAAUGUCAAAAUCAGCGAUUAUUUUUGGAACUAGGAUGUUCAAUGCGAGAUUUCAAAUUAUGGAAUAUUUGCUCAUUAAUUCAAAUUAUGUUCUUAUAUCUAACCUUAAAAUUGUUAACUCUCAUUUUUAGAUUAGUGUUCAAUUUGCGAGGAUGAGUUUGAAAAAACAUUAAAUAAUGACUGUUUUCCUAUUUGCAAUAAUGGUAUUGUUUAAGAAAAUGAAUUUUGUGAUGAUUCUAAUAACAUUUAAUUUGAUUCAUGCUUUUUAUGUUAGAGUAGUUGUCAAUUGGAAUGUUAAGAAUGCUAUUAUUCUUUUUGUUUUUAGUGUAUUUAAGGGUGGAGUUUAAUUGAUUAUAAAUGUGUAUAAGUUUGUGGAGAUGGAUAGAUCGCAUCAUAAUCUCAGGAAUAAUGUGAUGACUAAAAUAAUAUAAGUGGGGAUGGAUGUUUUGAAUGUAAAUUUGAAUGUCCUCAAUAUUGCGAAUUGUGUAAUGCCAAUAUUGAGUGUUUAAAAUGCUAGGAUUACUUUGAAAUUCAAAAUUAAUCAUGUACACCAAUUUGUGGAGAUGGACUAGCUAUUGAAGGAUUUGAAAUAUGUGAUGACGGUAAUGAUGAGAUGUACGAUGGUUGCUACCUUUGCUAAUAUUCAUGCCAAGAAGAUUGUCAAAAUUGCAAUCACAAAAUUUGUCUUGAUAACAUUCAAAGUCAAAAAUGUGAAAUUGGAUUUUUAUAUCAAAAUAACUAAUGCGAUUCUAUCUGUGGUGAUAGAAUUAUUGUUUCUAAUGAAUAGUGUGACGAUGCUAAUGAUAUACCUUUUGAUGGAUGCUAUUAAUGCAAGUUCUCAUGUCCUUUAAACUGUGAUGAAUGUAUUCAGGGAUAAUGUAUGAAAUGCUAUUUUGGAUAUUAAAUAGUCAAUGAUAAUUGCUAAGAUGUCUGUGGUAAUGGAGCAAAAUCUGAAAACGAAGAAUGCGAUGAUGGAAAUCUAAUUUCUGAUGAUGGAUGCACAAAUAAAUGCUAGGUUCAAAUCAAUUGGGCAUGUUCUUAACUAGAAUAAGAGACUAGUACCUGCCUUUAGUCAAAACCACCUCACUUUAAUUUAAAUGUUGUUAACCAAACAUAUAAUAUUUUAUUUAUUAAUUUGACAUUUACAGACAAAAUCAAAGUCUUGGAUAAUAGUUAAAAUUUAACCAAAAAUCUACAUGCUUAUCUUGUUGAUAUAGAUCCAUCUACUUAUAUUAUAGAGAAAGUAUUCGUUGUUGAACCAACAUAUAUCACAGUAUAAGAAAUUACAUACUUAUUUAAAGUAUAAAUAUUGGAAUAAUAAAAUAAUGAAAUUUAUUUCUAAGUUGAUUUGAAAACAGUAUUAGUUGAUGAUAAUGACUUUUAAGUAGACAAUGACUUUUGUAAAAUACGUCUUAAAAAUCCAGUAGUGAUAACUCCAUCAUAAAAGAGAAUAUCCAAGAAGAUUAGUUCAUUCAAUAUGAUUAUGUUACUAAGUCUCGGAUUCUCUAGUUUAUUAAUCUUAAUUUCUGGAAAUCCAAUUGAAUGUUUUGAAGUUUUGGACACACUCUAAUAUUAAUCAAAUUUAAAAUUUAUAAACAUAGACUUUCCUGAAAAUUUGAACAUUUAUUUUGAAUCGUCGGAAGUAAUAACUAUCCUUCCAUUAUUAGAAAAAUUGAAAUUUGUUGAUUUAUUUGACAACCUAAUCGGAAUUAAAUAAUUAUAGGCUUUUGGAAAAUUUUUAACAUAUAACAUCAACAGUGAUUUGAUUACUAAUUUAUAGCCCUUUUGUGCUCAAUGUGGAUUAGGAUUAAUUGUACUUCUACUUUCAAAAAUUUAUUUGAAUUUUGUUCUCUAAAAAUAAUUUCUUUAAAUUAGAGUAUUAAUUUAUAAAACCAAUAAACAAUGCAUGGCAUAAUAACUUGCAUUUGUUAUACAUAAAUUCAAUAAAAUAAGUUUUGGCUUAUUAAGAAUAUUUUCAUUAAAUGGCUUUAUUUAUAUUGUUUAAGUGAAUAGUUGGGAUUUAAUUUUUAAAAUCUUGCUUUACCUGUAAUCUCAAAAGUAGGAUACUUUGAGGUAUCAGAUUUCCAAUUUUAUAGCAUACUUUAUCUUCAUCAUUAUCAUAAAAUUGAUUUCCAAUAUAUUCUCUUUGAAAAAUUCACAAAUGGAAUUACAAAAAUUAAAAUCUUUGCAACACGAAGGUCUAAUUCUCAUAAAAAAAUUACUAUUUCUAUAUAUCUUAAUUGGAUAUCAAAAUAAUUCACUAUUAUAAUGCCUAUUGAUUACAUUCAUCAAUUCUCUCUAUCUUACUAUUGUAGUCUUUGGUGAUUUGAUAAGGAAUAAGAUAGACCUGGCUGUUAUUCUAGUUUUUGAAUUACCUAUAAUUCUUUUUACUUUACUAAGUAUAUUUUUUGAUUAAGCGAUUUCAAAUCUCUUGAGUCCAGAUAAUUAGAUUAAUAUAGCUUUUGUUUAAAUGGGGUUACUCAUGUUUGGAACUAUGGCUCCCUUAAUUAAAUAUGCAGUGUAAAUUGAAAUUAAGUUAACAUCCAUGAUUAAAAGAUUGAAAGAGAGAAAAUCAUAAAAGAAAUAACCCAUUUCUCCUUCGCUGUUUUAUUGA